AUGGGGCGUAGAAACAGAAGACAGAGGGCAGAUGAGAGGAGAAGAAAAAUGAAAACUUAUGAAUCAGAACCAGAACUCGGAAGCGAUGAUCAAUUGUCACGUGAAGAUUCAUACCCUCCCUUGAAUACUCAUAUUUAUCAAAGAAAUACACUUAUGGUUGAAGCACAAGUUCCGCAGCCGCAAAACGUGCGUAGCCAGUUUGAAAUUAAAGUUGAAAGUCCAAUUUCCAAUGCCAAUGACAAUGCACAACAUCUUAUUGUUCAUCGAAGAAAAGGAAAAGUAAACACUCUGAGCCUUGGACCAUAUUUAUAUCUAGCUGCUCUAAGAGGUGAUUGGAAGUCUGCUAAAACUGCUCUGAGUUUGGACAAAAAUAUAGCUCGUACUGAGAUAACAGAAAGAGGAGAUAGGGCUCUUCACAUAGCUGCUGCCGCCAAGCAAACAGCGUUUGUCCAAAAUCUAGUUGAACACUUGAAUGCAAGUGACCUGGAACUGCGGAAUACACAUGGAAAUACAGCUUUCUGUUUUGCAGCUGUAUCAGGGGUUGUAGAAAUUGCCAAGGUCAUGUACGAACAAAAUAAGAAAUUGCCAACAAUUCGAAGUAGCAUAGGAAAGACCCCACUUGAAAUGGCAAUUUUGCUCGGAAACAGAAAAAUGGUUGAGUACCUUUACCCAAUUACAACUCUUGAAGAUCUUAAUGCCGAGGAAUAUAUGGAGAUUCUUGUAGCAACUAUCCACACUGACAUGUUUGGUAUGAAAUCUUUUUGA